AUCUGUAGAUGUACUGGGUAUCCAGGACUUACUUUGCAUUAAGGGGGUUCCUUACUCGACAGUGUCUUAAACUUUACACAGACGAGACGGGAAUGACUUCAUCACGCACAAUAUUAGUAGACAUGCGUGAUAUUGUUCCAAGUGGGAGAGCAAACUGUUUUUUUCCCGCUGGGAAGAAGAGGAAAGCGAGUUCAUCCGAAGAUUAGCCGACAACCAUCCCCAACCAUCUCCAACGCAUCGCCAUCCGGUUUCAUUCCACGUCGAAUAAUAAUCGUGGAACUCAAUCCUGCCAUUGAAUGACCCCCACCACUCUGGAUAAUAUGAUCAUGAGUCGUCAUAGGGAUGGAAGUGAUACGUAUGGAUACAAAAGCGCCCAGGUGUCCCAGAAUGUUUUCAUACACAUCUCUCGCUCUCUCUCUCUCUCUCCCCUUGAUUGAAAAUUCCCAGAUCUAAUUUGGAUCACGGCUAAGAUCGAGUCACUAUGGGAUCCAAUGCUGAGACUGUGCAAAUCGACGCCCUUCUCUCCCGGUUGACGCUGGAAGAAAAGAUAUCGCUGCUAGCGGGAAAGAAUUUCUGGGAAACGGUUGAUAUUCCAGAGAAGGGAAUUCCCUCUGUCAAGGUAUCCGACGGUCCCAAUGGGGCGCGAGGUGCUGCUUUUAAGGGAGGACCAACCGCUGCUUGCUUUCCUGCAUCCUGUCUGCUGGCUUCAACCUGGGACAUCGAAGCAGCCCAAAAGAUCGGAAAUGCACUGGCCGACGAGACCAGGUCCAAGGGUGCCCGAGCACUAUUAGGUCCGACCGUCUGUCCUCAUCGUCAUCCUCUUGGAGGUCGUAAUUUCGAGUCCUUCUCUGAGGACCCCUUCUUAGCCGGGAAAAUGGCUGCAAACUACAUUCAUGGGGUGCAAGAAAAAGGAGUGGCUGCUACAAUCAAACACUUUGCCGCAAAUGAACAGGAGACCUGUCGAUUAACUGUGAACACACAUAUCGCUGAACGUACACUGCGUGAGAUCUAUCUCAAGCCCUUUGAGAUUGCUAUCAAGGAGGCAAACCCUCAAGCGGUGAUGACUUCCUACAAUAUUGUGAAUGACACACACGCUGAUUCGAAUUUGUUCCUCUUACGCGAUGUGCUUCGAGGACAAUGGGGGUGGAAUGGCCUCGUUAUGAGUGACUGGGGCGGCACCAACUCCACCGCGGAGUCCCUGGAGGCUGGUCUCGACCUGGAAAUGCCUGGUCCUACCUGCUGGCGCAAGGUGGAGGCUGUGGUUGAAGCCGUCAAGACAGGAAAGGUGUCCGAAAAGGCAAUUAAUGAUCGUGCACGAAACGUCCUGGAGUUCCUGGUCCGACUGGGCUGUUUUGAGGACCCAACAAUCCCUGAAGAAAAGGCGAUUAACCGGCCUGAGCAUCAAAGGUUGAUUCGCUCCGUGGGCAGCCAGGGUCUCGUUCUCCUUAAAAACGACGGGGUCCUUCCACUAAAGAAGGAGCAGCUUGCUAAGAAGAAGGUGGCCUUGUUGGGGUUUGCCCGUGAGGCUUUGAUCCAUGGCGGUGGCAGCGCUUCCGUCAACGCCCACUAUCGCAUCACUUCCGAGGAAGGUCUGCGUGCUGCUUUGGGCGACGAUGUAGAGUUCGAAUUCGCCAAAGGAGCCCACACCUUCCGCCAGCUCCCAUUGAUGGCUGCGGAGGUAGUGAAUCGCGACGGCAAGCCAGGCUGGACGCUGGAUUUCUUCACUAACGAGGAAUUGAAGGGCGAGCCAGCUUCUUCGACCGCCGUUGAGUCGCCAACUUACGUGCCUCUCUUUAUCAAGGACGCGUGGGGAAGUAUUAAGGCAACAGCCAGUUUUACUCCCUCCCAAACAGGACAGCACUACCUUGCUAUGUCUGGGCUCGGACGAUCCAAGCUUACCAUUGACGGGGAGGUUAUUUAUGAGCAGAAAGAAAACUGCCCGGACUCAAUGGCAUUCCUACUGGGGGGAGUGAAGGAGCCUGAGGUCCGGUAUGCGUUCGAAGCCGGCAAGACUUACUCCAUUGAAGUGAUUACCACGAAGCCCAUCAUUCUUGGUGGAGUUGCUAUGUUUGACGGCCAUCUUGGUUUCCGACUCGGUUUCAUGACCGCGCAAGAUCACAACCGAGACUUACUUUCUCAGGCCGUGGAGGUAGCCAAAGGCUGCGAUGUCGCCAUUGUCUUCACUGGGCAUGCACCAGACUGGGAAACGGAGGGCCAGGAUCAGGUCAGCUUCCACCUCCCCAGCGACGGCUCUCAGGACCGUCUCGUAGCGGCCGUUGGCGCAGUGAAUCCCAACACCAUCGUCGUCAACUGCACCGGCGUCGCAGUCGCAAUGCCCUGGCUGGAUGAUGUCAAGGCGGUUGUCCAAGCUUGGUUCCCGGGACAGGAAGCAGGCAAUGCAAUUGCCGAUGUCCUCACUGGGGCCGUCAAUCCCUCGGGCCGUCUGCCUGUUUCAUUCCCGCGACGACUGGAGGAUGCGCCUGCAUAUGGAAACUUCCCUGGCGAGUAUAUUGAAAAUGGCAAAGGCAAGCAUCUCCAUGUCAAGUACGAAGAGGGCGUCUUCGUUGGCUAUCGGCACUAUGACCGGUCCGAAGAGACCCGGUCCACGGUGCUCUUCCCCUUCGGCUACGGUCUUUCCUACACCACCUUUGCGCAUGCCAACCACCAAGCGAGUAUCCACGAAGCUACCGACGACACCUCCCUGGCAGUCACCGUGGACGUUACCAACACGGGGCCUCGCGCUGGCGCUGAGGUUGUCCAAGUCUACGCGGGUGCCAAAGCAGUGUCCGCUGAGAAUCCUGUCAAGGAGCUUAUUGGGUUCGCCAAGGUCCACCUGGAGCCAGGGGAGACCAAGAGCGUUUCCAUCCAUGCCGAUUCCCGGCAGUUGGCCCACUUUAGCGAAAAGAGCGGCAAGUGGGAGCUUCCACAGGGUAGCUACGAGGUAUCGAUUGGACAGAGUGUGAGGGACAUUACCGGCAAGGCGACUGUUGCCCUGGGAGCUCGAAGCUAUGAUCCUUAGUGGUGUAAGACAUAGAAUAUGUCUAGGUUCUUGGGAUUAGAUUAAUAGUAUACUUUAGGGAAACUAGAUGCGUUUCAACCUGUAUACAUAAAUGUGCAGUAUCUUGAUGAAAAGUAUCUAGGACUUGUCUCGACGGAAACGGACAGGCGCAUUAAG